AUGGACAUGAGAGACCCCAAAACCGAAAAGAUGACGGUUAUUGAGCCCAAGAGAGCUGAAUACACGCAAGAAUUUUCUGAGAUGAGUCGUGAUCCAGACGCAAGCAUCAUAAGUUUCACAACGAAGCCCCAAACCGUCUCAUUGCGUGUAAUAGCGCUUGGGCUUUUGUUCAUCCUUGUAGCAGUGUUAACAAGCUUGUCGAAACAAUUUUCAGGUGCAGACUCCCCGCAAUGUCGACCUGUAUAUAUGUAUCCGUCUUACGCUCGAAUUGAUGGUCUUGAUGAAAGAUAUACUACAUUGGCCAAAAAAUACCACUUGUACUUGUAUCGCGAACAGAGCAAAGAUCGCGACCCGCUAGAAAAUGGGGAGCUACAAUUAGACGGAAUCCCAGUCUUAUUCAUACCCGGAAACGCUGGAAGUUUCAGACAAGCUCGCUCGAUUGCUGCCGCCAGCGCAACUCUAUAUUUCGAUGAGGCCGAGUCGAUCGAAAAUCCUAAUACCAAGAACUUGGACGUUUUCACUGCCGAUUUCAAUGAGGAUUUUACAGCAUUCCACGGAAGAACUAUGUUGGACCAGGCAGAGUACUUGAAUGACGCUGUUGGGUACAUCCUCUCUCUGUAUCGCUCUACCCAAGACCAAACAGGUCCCAGUCCUCAGGCAGUACUUGUAAUAGGUCAUUCAAUGGGUGGUGUUGUGGCGAGGGUAAUGCCUACCCUCAAGAACUACAUCCCGGAAUCGAUUAAUACUUAUAUUACACUUUCUGCUCCUCAUGCAGUGUCGCCAGUUACCUUUGAUGGCGACAUGCUCAAGAUUUACAAGCGUAUCACUAAUUUUUGGGAGUCUGAAUUUAAAGACAGGUCAAGUUUCUUCGCUCGGAACGUCUCGCUUAUUUCAAUAACAGGCGGCGUCCUGGACAGCAUUUUGCCUUCUGAUUUCACAAUUAUUGAAGAGAUUGUGCCUUACAGCAAUGGUUUUACAACCUAUACAACGACUAUUCCGGACGUAUGGACUCCAAUAGAUCAUUUGGCAAUAGUAUGGUGUGACCAAUUGAGAAGAGUCCUCGCGCACAUUUUAUUGGAAUCGGUCGACGUACAAUCGCCUUCGAAAAGUAUACCCUUAGAGGAUAGAUUACGUUUGUAUCGGAAAAAUCUCCUUUCAGGGCUGGAAGACUACGCAGCUCAGGAUAUGAGUAUAAAUUCAAUGCCUAGCGCUAAGGGCAGCUUUUUUGAUUCGUUGGAGGACUUUAGUGAGGUAAAGAUCAAUGAGAAACUUGUUUUGACGGAUCCUUAUGUGCAUUCUCGUUCGAGAUUCAAUCUUUUUACAGUACCAGAAUCCACUGAAGAUCUCCAAUUCGCAAUUUUAACAACUGUUCCGUCGCUGAAUGUCCAAUUUUGCCAGAGAAACUUGGUGAAGCUAGACAAAAAGGGCUCAUCUCAAGGUUGGAAAGCGAAGUGCUUUUCAGCCACUAGUGACUUCGUCAAGGUGCCAAGAUCUGCGUCUGACAGCCAAUAUCCAUCAGAUUCCUCUAGUGGAGAACAGGAAGAACCCUUUCAUCUUUUACUAGUCAAUGAGACACUUCUGUCCUCGUACGAUUUCAUAGUAGUGGAGAGUUCGGAAGAAAUAUACGAAAACAACAACUUUGUCAUCGCUGAACUAACCAACAGGAAGACAAAACGCUUGAUUGAUGACAAUCCUUUCAAAAUUUUCUUCACCGGACUAUUAAGUAUGCGAAAAAUAGUCGACUCCUCACUACUUGUUUCAACAUUUGAUAUGACAGGAUUGUAUUCAUCGAUUGUCUCUUACCGUGUCAAAAGUUUAGUCUCGGAAGGUAGCCCUCUUUUUGAGCCUUUUUUCAAACAGUCAAUCGAUAAGCCUUUCGAGACCAAGUGGCACGUCAACCUGAAGCAAGGUCCUCAAGAUAUCAAUUUUCAUAGCGUGGCCCCUUUUGUUACUCUAAAUUCCUCGGAUUUCAAGUCACUUAAACUUACCUUCAUCAAUCCGCCUGGGAUUGAUUUGAGCAUUAUUCUUGAGGUUAACUGGCCUCUUACAAUCAAAAUGUUGUUCAUUCGGUUUCGUCUUUCUAUUGCUGCGUUUACCAUAGGAUUUGUUGCAUUAAUUGCUGCAUAUCAAUUUCGCAACUAUAGCACAACCGGUCAGUUUGUGGCUUUUGAUACUGCAAUGGAUCGAGUACUGAAUAGACAUUGGAUAGCGAUGUUCACAUUGAUUGGUUUAUUAAUUCCGCUGUCAAGCCUGAUUAAUUACUCAAGCAUAGCUUACUUCGCAAACUUGAAGCAGUGGGUGAUGCCUACAUCAAAUUCUUCGUCUGUUGGCACCUUUUUCUUGGGUGUCAGCGAGCUGUUUAUGUGGUGGCUUGGCCCUUUUUUUCUUCUAAUGACUAUCGCAUCAGUAUACGUUGUUUACCGGUUAAUUGCGCUUUUAGAAGCGGUAGCUGGUUGGACAGCUACGAAAUCGAGAUCAGUCCGUGAAAUGAGUCGGAACGAUCAAUUUGGUUCUAGAAUAAUUGAUGGCCAUUUCCAAAAUGCUCGACAACUCGCUGGAGCUCUCAUCAUUAUUAUUGCGGUAAUCUUUUACAUUCCCUAUCAAUUUGCAUUUAUUGUUCUCACUGUUUUGCAGGCACUAUUCUGCGUGAAGCUGGCCGUAAGUUGCACAAGAAAAGAAGUUCAAAACCUACAGAACUUUAACAAUACAAUCCUUAUGCUGAUGAUUUUUCUUGUUCCAAUCAAUGCACCUAUCGUCAUGGUGUUUAUGCGUAACUUCGCCAUAAGGUGGGAAACACCGUUCAGGUCCCAUCAUAAUUUCCUCGCUGUGCUUCCCAUUAUUUUGCUUAUAGAAAGCAACGCGAGGUAUAGAAUGCCAUUGAAAACAUCCAGUAGGGACCUUAUAAGUGUCGCUAUUUUGGUAUGGCUAUUGCAUAUGUCAUUGUACAGUUUCAUUUUUGGAACUAGAAACUUGUACUGGCUACAUCAUCUGUUCAAUUCUUUGUGUGCUAUGCUCUUCUUGAAGACAUUCGCUUAA